AUGCAUCGAACCUAUCAUACUGCAACGCUCCAAGUACGUCGUUGUCUUGAUUUGCUACUCGGUCUUUGCUCAUCCUUGCACUGCAGUGUGAGCGCUGACACCAUCGACGAUGCGCUGAACGUCUCCGCUGGUGUGCAGCUAUCCUGCUUCCGUAUGCGUGAGAAGUUCGACCUGGUCGUCAUGUACGACAACUCCUCCACAUCCUUCGACCGCGGCUCGCCGUUGUAUGUGCUGUAUGAGGCGAUCUAUACCACAUAUACGGGCCCGAAGACCCUCAAGCGACCUCCCAUGAUGCUUGUCGGCGGCAUCGAGGCGUGGCGCAGGGAUUUCGGAGCAGCAGAGCUU